AUGAAGAUGAUGAAUUUGGCGAACGAAGACUCAGGUAUACCGAAUGAUGAUGCUUCUUUUGUCAACGGUGCGAAUAUGCAUAAUCACAUGAAGGCGGAGGAUCCGUUACUACAACAUUAUCAGCAACAACAACAACAACAACAACAACAACAACAACAACAACAACAACAACAACAACAACAACAGCAGCAGCAGCAGCAGCAGCAGCAGCAGCAGCAACAACAAGAACAACAACAACAACGGUCAGCAUCGGCGAAUAGUGGAGUGGGGUCACUAGCCAGAUCGACCGUUCCACAGCCGCAAGUACAAGCACAGCAACCACAGCAACCUCAGCUCGCGAAUAUAUACGAUUCAAACGGAUUGGGAGCAGCAUCGACCAACUCUCACAUGAAUGGAUCACAUUUUCAGCCACAUCAUCAUCACCAACACCAACAGCAACACCACCAACAACAUCAGCAGCAGCAGCACAUGCAACAUCUUCAUCAGAUGCAUACGCUUCCUCAGCUGCAGCAAUUGUCUCAUCAUUACUCGCUACCACAGCAUCAGCAGCAGCAACAACCACCUGUACCAGCACCACCAGUACCACAGCCGCAGCAGCAGCAGCAUUUACCUCACUCUCAGCUGCACACUCCUCAACCAUACCAACAUUCGACGGCCGCUGCUGGAGCAGUUCCAUUGACCCAUUAUGGACAAAGCUCACAGCUCCAUCACCAAAUGCAUCAUCAGUUGAUGACACCAAAUUCUUAUACUCAACCGCCGCAGCCCCAUCAUCAUCAACACCAACACCAACAUCAGCAACACCAUCAACAACCAUAUCCUCAGGCUCAUAAUAAUCAACAUUUGUUACCUCACUUGCCAGCAGCCACCGGUACUGGUCACGAAGCACAUGACCAACUCAAUUUACAGUUCAACCCCAUGGCGUAUCAACAGCAAUCUCAACAGCAACAGUUGCACCACUUGGGCCACCAGAUACCCAGUGCCCAACAGAUGGUGUCAUCUGCAACACAGGCGCCAGCACCGCAACUCCACCAUCACCUUGCACAUAACGCGCUUGCGCAAUCGCUCCACCACACACCUCAUGGGACACCACAACCACUAUUAAAUGCACAACAGCUACCACAGCACGCGAGAGCCAAUAGCACUUCCACUGUCAAUACUACUGCCAGUAACAAUACCACCGCCAACACGGUUGGCACACCAAGACAACAGCGCCAGACUAAAAAGCAAAAAGAACUCCAACAGAAGCAGCAAAUGGACCACCACCACCACCGCCCCAUCAGCAGCGGAAGUCAACAUGAUCAAAGUGCAAUUGACGCGCAUACCUUGGCUCAACAACGCCAUAUGGAGAUGUUGGCGCGUGCUAGCCAUAACGAAAUGAUAGAAUCGUCAACAAGAAAAGUUGCCCCUAGAUCGAGUGAUUUGUUCCGCGUGGGACCACCGUUUGGAAUAAUGGAGCAUCAUCAACAUGUAUAUUUAAAAUCCAACGAUAUGCCCGUUGUUCCAAUUAUCCACGCGAGAAUCGACCGUGGAUUUGAAAUGGGAGAAACAGGCACGUGGAUUGGAUACAAGCGUAACUACUUCACUUUGGUGGCCGCUUUCAAUUUCCAAAACUUGGACUUUAGCAGAUUUCUUGAGAAUAAGUUUUACACCUAUGACGCGUCAGCCAAGAAUGGCAAUAUGAAUGGCAAUGGUCGCAAGAUCCCAUCGGCAAUGAAUCAACCGCACAAUCAUCCUCAUCAUCCUCACCAUCAGCAGCACGCAGGAGAAACCAGAUUGGACAUUAGUUAUUUUGCCAUUAGAUUAGUUGCCAAAUGUUCCGAUGACGAUGUGGCCAUUUCGUUGAUUCAACACACGGCAAAGAGAGAUAAAGGUCCUCAGUUCCCACCUCCAAUUUACCCAGCCUUGCCCGGAGAUUUACCCGACCACGAUACCGUUCGUGCAAGUUGUAAUAAGCGCAAUGGCGGCAAGAUUGAACAUAUGAACAAGAUUUUCUUUUUCGAUAGAAACCAGUACUAUAACGACUUCAAUUUAAAUGUUCAAAACGAUGCAUCAGUCUUGAGAAACUACCCCAGCGAUUCGAUUUCCAAAGUUGCUAGAUUUGAGAGAAUCCAAUUUACCAGUUCCAUUAGAGUUAAAUCCACUUCAACGGCGGCAAGAUAUUUCACCCUUAGUGUUGAGUUAUUGGGAAUCGUGGAAAACGAAGAAUUGCAAAUCCAACCAAUCUUGUUGGGUUCGAUCGAAUCGCCUCCUUUGGUGAUUAGAGGCAGAUCGCCGUCCAGCUAUCACAAGGACAGAACAUCUGGUUACAGACCACCUACAAGCGCUUCACCUGUGGGCAACGCUCAUCAUCAGUGA